AUGACCAUGAAUAGUGCAUGGCCUGGUCAUCUAAGUGACGAGUUGCGUAAAGCGUUGAGUCUUGGAGCGAAUGAUAUCCCCGAAUGGAUAUAUCGGAUGCGUAGAUUGGGAUUCAUCGACGGCUAUCCACCGGCGUAUCUCAAACAGGCGAUAGAUUCCAAUGAGAAUACCCUUUUGGAAUUUUAUUUGGACGAUGAGGAAGAGGCAUCUGCAUUGUUUGGAAACGACAAUUCGAAACCGAUACGACAAGAAAAAGGUGAUCCGAAACCGCCGAAAAUCAACGCAGACAAAAUGAUUUACUAUUUUGGGUUCAAUUUUAACUCGCGUCGUUUACGUGAUCGUGAAAGUAAUUUUCGUGUGCCUGAAUUCAAGGAUUUCGUUGAGUAUCAUCAACUCGUAUUGAAUGAUCGUUUUCGAAACGAACAGCGAUUGAAGAAGAAGGACGAUCAGUCGAAAAGUUCGCCUCGUAAGCGUCAUCAUGAGAAGAAGAAUAGUAAUAAUAAUCACAGGAGCAAAAAACAACGAAUGAAUGCAUUUGUUAAUUUGGAUUGCAUUUCGUUUUAUGCUGUUGAUUUUGUUCAUUUCAUCUCAGAUGUGGAUGACGAAAUUGAGGUGAUCGAUAUUGAUGUGGAGGCAUGUGCAAAUGAUAGUAACGCAGAUAAGGGUGAGAAUAGUAACGGUAGUGAGAACAAGAACGACACUAACAAUAACAAUAAUAAUGAUGAUGAUAACGCGGCAAAAAUGGAAAGUUCACCUUCAAAAAGACGACGUCCUGUGAAG